AUGAGGACCCUCGUGGCAUUUCUGGUGGUUCUUUCUAUCCUUGUGACACAAUCUCAUGGAGAUGAGGUUUUUAACAUCUUCGGCUCAAACAACAGUGGCGGCAGUGUUCAGGAGACAGUGAGCAUUGACAACGAGAAAAACAUCGCCACCGUUAACAUCCAUGCUGGGUCGUGCUCUUCCACCACGAUUUUUGACUAUAAGCAUGGCUACAUUGCAUCCCGGCUGCUCUCCCGAAGAGCCUGUUACAUCCUUAAGAUGGACCACAGUGCCAUCCCUGAUCUGGACAAGCUCCAGCGGCUCAUAUAUGAGAAGCAGACUAUGACCACCAUGGACUCCAGCGAAUACACCUGGGUCAGAUACAACCCUCUGCAGUCACUGAUCAUGAAGGCCGACUGGUUUCUGUUUGGGUCACCCAUUAAAAAUCUGUGCAAGCACGUGCCCCUGUAUGAGGGGGAGGUGGUCAAGAAGUCAAGUAAGGUGGCCACUGGAGCCUGUGCCAAGGCUGGGCUCCUGGGGAUUCUGGGCAUCUCCAUCUGUACAGGCAUUCAUUUUUAG